UUCCAAUACACCUAUAUAUCUUAUAUAUAUCCUCAACACAUCCUCUACUCUUCAGCUCAUCAACCCACCCACAAACACAACUUCUAUCACAUACAACAGCAACUCUAUCACCCACAACCUUCAUACUACCAACGGCUUCACAACAUCUUCCAUCUACACAACCAAAACUCACAAUGGCUGCCUUUGCUACCUCCUUCGACGCCUCCAUGGCCCUCGUCGACUCUGCCCGAAGCGGCUACAACAUCGUCUCCGGCCCCAAGACCGGCUCUGGCUCUGGCUCCAGCUCCGGCUCCGGCUCGUCUUCAAACGGCCGCCAGCCUCAAGACUACUAGUCUGGCUUCUUCCUCAUUCCUCAUACCAUUGUUACAAUAUUGUUACAUUAUAUUGUGUUUUCCCCCUUUUGAAAGAAGCAUCAAAGCAGCCUUCGCGGGCAUUUCUUUGCUGGCGCAUGGAGAACAUCGGAUAGACAAAACCACAGAAAACCCACAACAACAGACUACCACCAACCCCCCCGGAAUAGCUCAACAUCAACUGAAACGACGCGGCGGCAACAUGUCCAAUCUUUCAUCGGCGUCGGAGCAUUCAACUUUGCCUCCCCUCUGUAUUUGUAUCGGC